AACCAUGCCGUCCGCCUUUUUUUAAACGGCACACUCCAGGGGCGGGUUGCCGUUCAUAAACAGCACCCGCUAUUUCUAAGUUGUGCGCGCUGCACCGCGAGUGCCUGCUGCUGUGUGCGCUCCCUGGCGAAACUCCGAUCACUGUACGGGACCUCUGUGGGUGAGGUCCCAAUCAUGUGAUCACAGAUUGGCCAAUCAGUGAUCACAUGAAUAGUAGUAAGCAAGAUGUCACUUCUGACAUCAUUGCUUACUAAUUGUGAAAUCUGUGAAUGAUCACAGAGGUCACAUGG